GGAAUUUGUUAUUGUUACUAUUGUUAUCAGCUGCUGGACCCUGGUCCCUCACUCGAACUAGCACAACGAUGGCUGGCCCCAACCCACAGGUAGCUCCUUCUCGUCGGGGGAGCAGCAGCGCAGAACAAAGGCUUCCAAACAACUGGCCGCCAAAUCACCUCGAAAACGGCAUUCCGGUCUUCGCAUAGCGCACUUUUGGUUCGAAAACAAUUCCUUCUCGCGGACAGCAAUGGCAGUGGACGACAAGAGUCCUUCACAGCAACCAACAGUGCCCACCGUAUCAUCUAGCGUUGCACCCAGCUGUGGCGUCUCACAACAGUUAUGUCCAAGCGUCGGGGACGGAGUUGGCGGCAACAAAGGCGCAGUUAGCGGAACACAGACCCAUCUCCACACCUCGGAACUUAGGAACGACCUGCCAUGGUACAGAGCCGGUACAGUGCAUUCACUGGGGACCAUCUUGGCGACCGCGUUGCCCGUCAUUGUUCCUCUUUUCGGUCUCGCCGCUUUGCUGCGCUACCUGGAGAUGGAGGUAGAGGGGCUGACGACCGGGACGCGCGAAAUCGAUUCGCACACUGACUCUAAGAAAUUAGCGAUUUUUAUAUACUUUGGACCAUGCUUCAUUACGAUCCUCACCAUCAAUGCGUGGGAUAACCCGGCAAUCAGAGGGUUUCCGGAAUGGAAGGAGGCGAUUGAGAGCUACGUCGACGUUACCGACAACAACCCCGAACUAUUUGAACGCGUGAGAAGAUCAAAGCAAAUAACAAAGACAUUCGUGGGAUACCUCGCCAUACGAGCGCUCUGGGUGGUUCUCAACGCCAUACCCGCCUACUAUUGCGGCUCGGCCAAUGCUGCGUUGGGCUGGACCGUCCUGAUCAACGUAUUCUUUCUAUUCUCCAUCGGUUCGUUGACCGUUUGGAAGGGACAGUCGCUGAAAGACAAAAUCCUGCACACAUUUCGGGGAUCGUCGUCGAUGAUGCUGGGUUAUCUGACGGUAUACGUUGGCUUUUACGUCCUUCGACACACUAAGACGCUGCAGUUUGCUGCGCCAAUUAUUACUGGUCUCUGCUAUCCGAUGAUGAAGCUAGUCCUCAUCGCUUACUACAUCGACGCCGGGAAAGCACUCUACGGCUGGAAGCUGCACGACCGGCUUUGGGGCGGUGCAGCACACCUCUACUCCUACGUGGUGGCUUUUCAUUCUGCCUACGGUGUCCCAAGCAAGCUUCAAAUCCUGAGCUUCACCAGCGAUGCGCAGUUCUGGGUGACGCUCCUGCUCAACUUCAUUGCGGAAGUCGGCGCACGUUUAUUUGGAGUUUACAUCGUUAGGUGCCUCCAGGAAGCUGCUGUCCAAUCGGAAACGAACGCGAACUCGGCGGUACACAAAAUGAUUGAUGGGAAGUGCGAUAACGCCGGUUCGUCCGAUGACUUGGAGAAGCUGAGGAAAACUCCGCCGGCGACUAUUCUCAAAUCGGUGAACAUGCAAGAGAUUAGCAUCAAAAGCAAUAUCGACGCAAAAGAGGAAGAGUCGAAGCACAUACCCAGCGACAAUCGGCCGAGUGCAGCAGCCGCUCCGAUACCCAGAAGUCCGUCGUCAGUCAAACGUUCAAGCCCCGACCCAUCCGCCUCGUUCCUCCUGCGCGCCCACCAAAAGAUGAAAUGGAUCGUCACCACGAAGAUAAAGAUGGCCGACUUCCAAGACCCGCAGUGGCACUGCCUCACCUUGGGAGGCAUGGCCGUCAGCGAGUAUUGCGCCUUGGGAUGUGCGGUCAGCCUCCUCGUCUUUCAAGGCGCCGCGCUGGGCGUCAUCGAACCGCCAGAAGGGUCCCCGAGCGAUCCCGAUACCUUGAGCGUUGGCGCCUCUUUCUUGUGGGGAUUCGCACAUGGAACCUCCCCGAACGCUUUAGGUUGGCCGAUUCGAGCUGGCAUCUUUUUCGCGGGGGAGAUUAUAAUGGAUGUUGUUCUGGGCGUGGUACAGCGCCAGCAUGGGAUUCGGUGGGAAUCCCUGCCCCCUUUCAACGCUUUGGCGAUUGUUGGCUGCUGGGCGUGGCUGUUGAGUUGCACCUGCACGUUUUUGACUGUCUAUCGGGACCUGCUGUAAUCAAAGCACACUACAACACCACCCCGAACUCGCAAGCAGCUGAAUCCGCAUCUCCCUUCAUCAGCAUAUCUGAUGGCUGUUCGUCGGACACAUUUCACGUAGAGUACACCGAUUCUUGCGAAAGCGGCCAUCCCCACUUGUACAAUAUAUCAAUACAUAGCGCCCUUCGAGAUGAACCGUUGUGGAGAGCACAUUCUGUUAUCUGGCAUAUUCAUGUGGUUUCAUCAAUUCUCAAGAUGAGAGAUGCCGCACACGUUCAUAUUUGCCAAAGCCGUUUUAUCACAACCGUCGGAGUCCAACGUGGCACCAUCCUGAGAGGAAG